CAGCAAGGGGCGGCGGGGCAGGGCGGCGGCGGCGGCCCCGGCUCCGGCCCCGGCCCCGGCCCCGGCCCCGGCCCCGGCUCGGCGGCGGCGGCGGCGGCUGCGGGCGGGCAGCGGGGCCGGGAGAGCUCGGAGCUGCCGCUGCCCGCCGGCUGGGAGGAGGCGCGGGACUUCGACGGGCGCGUCUUCUACAUCGACCACAACACCCGGCAGACCUCGUGGAUCGACCCCCGCGACAGGAUUACAAAGCCAUUGACAUUUGCUGACUGUGUUGGGGAUGAGCUUCCUUUAGGAUGGGAAACUGUUUACGAUCAACAGAUUGGAGUUUAUUAUAUGGACCACAUAAAUCAGCUCACACAAAUUGAGGACCCAAGGGAGCAAUGGAGAAGGGAGCAAGAACGCAUGCUAAAGGAAUAUUUAAUAGUUGCCCAGGAGGCACUUAAUGCCAAGAAAGAGAUUUACCAAAUCAAGCAGCAGCGUUUUGAACUAGCCCAAGAAGAAUAUCAACAAUUGCACAAAAUGUGUGAGGACGACAGCCGUUCUUAUGCUAGCUCAUUUUCUGGAUUUUCAACUAAUACCAAGUAUGACCCAUAUCAGAUUAAAGCAGAAAUAGCCAGCCGUCGUGACAGACUUUCUAGGCUAAAACGAGAAUUGGCACAGAUGAAGCAGGAGCUGCAAUAUAAGGAAAAAGGAGUGGAAACUCUGCAAGAGAUUGAUCGUAAGAUGUCAAGUGCUCAUACAAAUUAUAGACUGGAUGAAGCACAGGCUAUAAUGAGCGAGCUUCGAACCAUAAAGAAAGCUAUAUGCACAGGUGAAAAAGAGAGGCAGGAACUUAUGCAGAGCCUGGCCAAGCUAACUGAUGGAUUCAGGAAUAGCUGUUGUAUUACAGACUCCCUGCAGGAUCUCCAGCACAAUUCCAGUUCGCUCAGCGAUUCCUGUUUACCUCAACAACACUGCGAUGCUUGUUCUCAGACUGACAUCACUGGAGAGUUUGGGUUCGAUGAUAAAACAAGACUUGUAGACAAAGUAAGACUGAACUGGCAAUAUGAAGAGGCCAAGAAAAGAGUUUCAAAUAUACAGCAGCAACUGGCCUUGCUAGAUAAUGAAUCAUGGCCAGGGAUGGCUGAAGCGGACAGGGACCGUCUUCAGCUCAUCAAAGAGAAGGAGGCUCUUCUUCAGGAGCUGCAGCUCAUCAGUCAGCAGAGACGAUCCCCAGAAGACAUUGCACGUUUGGAGGAAGAAAAAAGACGUUUGGAGGAUGAAAUUCAACGGGCUCGAGCAACCUCUGCUCAUGGAGCCACUGAAAGGAUACUGUUACAGGAAAAGAGAAAUUGUUUGCUUAUGCAACUAGAAGAAGCUACACGUUUAACCUCAUAUUUACACUCCCAGUUAAAAAGUCUCUCAGCAAGCACCCUCACAAUGUCCUCUGGCAGCAGCAGGGGUUCCCUGGCCUCCAGCCGAGGUUCCCUGGCCUCCAGCAGAGGCUCCCUCAGCUCGGUCAGCUUCACGGACAUCUACGGCCUCCCGCAGUACGACAAGUCGGACAGCGUUACAGACUACGGGCAGCAUUUGCGCUUCGACAUCAUUCCCUUUGAGUCUCUGACGAAGGACGUGCCAUAUGUUGAUCCCAUCGGACACUCGAAUUUCAAUAAGCAGCGGAGGUCUCUGGAUACCCCGCAGUCCCUGGCAUCCCUGUCGUCACGGUCCUCCUUGUCAUCGUUGUCCCCUCCGAGCUCGCCUCUGGACACCCCAUUUCUCUCCGCUUCUCGAGAUUCUCCGCUGGCUCAGAUGUCAGAAGGUUUUGAGGAGAUGGCAAGCAUAGGAGCCCUGGAAAUGCUCAGGGCUCAGUCUGCAGCGCUGGGUGACGAUGAUACGCAAGGAACAAGUUCAUCUCAGAUAUCUGCUUACGCUGUGGACAGCGAAGGAGUGCGAGAAAUGGGCCCACAGCUGACUGCUGUGCAGCCUAGCGGAGCUGUAACUCUGCGAGGAGACAGUGGUCGAAGAUCGGAGAGGAGAGCCAGGCGAGUUUCAGCAUGUCUCUCAGAUCAUUCACUGGCUAGUGACAGUGGCGUGUUUGAAGCUUUAAGCAAAAGGAAUGAAGAUAUGGAAGAGCCUGUUUAUGUUGAUAUUGCCAGUAAUGAAGAUCCACAAAUACAUGUUGGAUUUCUGCAUGACAGUGGAAGCGAAUGUCUCUUAGUCCAUGUAUUACAGCUGAAGAACUUCUCUAGCCUAGUUGUUAAAGAAAACUGCAAAAUUCACGUGAGAGUUUAUUUGCCACCGCUUGAGUCAGGCACACCGACCACUUACUGCUCUAGAGCUUUGGAAUUCCAAACUCCGUUAAUAUUUAAUGAAGUUUUCAGAAUCCCUGUGCAUUCAAGUGUUUUGAAAUUAAAAUCACUGCAGCUGUAUAUCUGCUCAGUUGACCAUCAGCAACAAGAAGAACUACUGGGUAUUGCUCAGAUAAACCUGAGUGAUUUGGAGAGUUCUGGUGAGAUGCAGCUUCACUGGUAUUCUGUUCAGAUCUUCACUGGUUCAGACCCCCAGAGAGCAAAGAAUAAAAACCAGUGUGAAGAAAAUAUUCCCCGGUCUUCUGGAAAUGUAACUACAGUUAAAACGGAUGCAGUGACAGCCCUGUUAGCCAGGACCACUGCCCAGCUGGAAGCAGUUGAGAGAGAGUUGGCAGAAGAGAGAGUGAAACUGGAGUACACCGAGGAGGAAAUCCUGGAGAUGGAAAGAAAGGAAGACCAGGCAGAAGCUAUAUCAGAACGGAGUUGGCAAGCAGAAUCUGUUGACAGUGGAUGCAGUAAUUGCACCCAGACUAGUCCUCCUUAUCCGGAGCCAUUUUGCGGGGAUUCGUUAGCUGGACACAUGUUUGCAACUCCAGCAGGCCAGUACAGUUCUGGAAAAAUCCAGCCUCCACCACUAAAGGUGGAUAAGGAAACUAACACUGAGGAUCUGUUUCCUGAAGAAGUUGCUAUUCUUCCAAAAGAGAGAACUAGCCGCAGGCCACGGGGUUCUGCUUUUGUUCGCAGUAGCACUAUUGUUCGUUCCCAGACCUUCUCGCCUGGAGCACGAAGUCAAUAUGUUUGCAGACUGUAUCGCAGUGACAGUGACAGCUCAACUCUGCCAAGGAAGUCACCUUUUGUCCGGAAUACCUUGGAGAGGCGUACUCUACGGUAUAAGCAGCAGUCCUGCAGAUCAUCUUUGGCUGAGCUUAUGGCAAGAACGUCCUUAGACCUGGAGCUGGAUCUCCAGGCAUCCAGAACUAGACAGAGACAGCUGAACGAGGAGAUAUGUGUCUUAAGAGAGUUGAGACAGCGUCUGGAAGAUGCUCAACUCAGAGGGCAGACAGAUCUACCCCACUGGGUCCUUCGGGAUGAGCGAUUCCGAAAUUUGUUGAAGGAAGCAGAGAGGCAGACAAGACAGACCAAAUUUGAACAUCACCAAGAACAAGCAGCUGAAAAGAUGCUAAAGAAAGCAUCAAAAGAAAUCUACCAGUUGCGUGGGCAAAAUCAGAAGGAGCCUAUUCAGGUGCAGACUUUUAGAGAGAAGAUAGCAUUUUUUACAAGACCAAGGAUUAACAUACCUCCUCUGCCAGCUGAUGAUGUAUGACAUGUUGCAUUGUAAACAUGAAGUAUUUAUCGCUUUUAUUUUAAUGAAGUUAUUAGAUUAGCCAAGUUUCUUUAAAAAAAAAAAGUGCAAAAGCUAAUAUACACGUUUUGUAAAAAAUAAAAAAGUAAAAAAAAGUAAAAGUAAACAAAACCAUAUAUAUAAAUAUAUAUACAUAUAUAUAUUUUAUAAUAGCGACUGCAACAAGGCUUGGUUUUUCCUUGUUGUGAAAUUGACAUCUCUGAAGACAACUUAUUUUAUAAAAGAUCGACUAUCCUGUUAAGAGCGUGUACAGUUUUUAUGCUGUUUUAUUUGACUUAAAGGCUGGAAGACAGAAACAAAGUGAGUUCAGGCAAAUUCACUGUAGUGUAAUUUAUUUAUAGUGCCUUUUUUCCUUGAAGGAAAAUACCUACUUUAAGAUGUAUUUUAAGACUGAAAUUUUGUUCUUCAGUAUUUGUCAUACAGUAGAAUGGAACCAUUGAGCUGGUUUUGUUUCUGAUACCUGAAAUGAAAAUACUGUGUUCUAAAAUUGUCACUUUUUUCAGCUUUAUUAUCUGUAGCUUAUUAUGUAUAUUGUAUCCUUUAGCACUGUCUGCGUUAUAGCAAAAUAUUAUCACCUGCAAUGUGUUUAACACUGAUUAGAAGUGAUGUUAAACAUUGCAGAAUUCAUUUGCAUGUUCUUACUGUGCACUAAUAGAUUGUUUUCAUUUCAGUUUUGUCUAAAAUAUCUUUAUAUUCUUAACUAGAUUCUCAAUUUAAACGGAGGAAGGAAAAGGGUGACAGGUCUUUGUUUUGCUAUUUAAGGGAAAAGUAGUUAAAAGAGCACUGUGAGCUAGCUGUGUGGAAAAACUGCUAAAGGAAUAUAGCAACUUCUACAGUUUUAAAGAUUCUGAUCUGAUUCAGGAAAACACGUGCUAAUUUCAGAAAGCAGCUGCAAUAAGUAAGGGUGCUUAAGCACAUGUUAAUCCUAAUGGAUUUGCUUUGAGGUUACUGCAUGUGAGUUCUGUUGUACAGUGACACUUUCCAGAAAGGAGGUGUAUAAUUCUGGAAGAUAUAGCUCACUUGAUUGAUAGUUGGACCAGCAGAAAUGUGGUGAGAAAUACUUUUCCUGUAACCAUUCAUUGUAAUGAAAGACUGUCACCCUAAAUUCCCGAGAAUGCCAGUUUUGUGUCCUUGCAUCCUGCAAGUAUGUAAAAAUACUUCUUUACUAAGCUACUAUAAUAGUUUCUCAUAUUUUUCUAAUUAUACCUACACAGAGAGGUGCCCAACACAAGACUAACUUUGCAAAUUGCUGGAAUUGCUUAGAAGGAUGAUCAUGCUGUCUCUUCAUUAUGCCCAGGUCAAAUUGACUCCAAAUUUUUGUAUGUCAGGAAACCAAAGCAACAGUCAAAAACUAAACUUAUCAAAACCUCUGACCAAUGGGAAUAUUUUAAAAUAUUUUGUAAGUCGUCUGAGUUUCAAGAGCUUAUACUCUGUUAGUUUGUCAAAGAUCAGGAAAACCUGAUAGUGAAACUGAAUUGCUUUUAUUUGUCCAGGCUGAGACCAAAAAUACUGGAGGGGAUGGGAUGGGGGCUGGUAAAAGACGUUUUAAGCAAAGACGUUUAAUUUUAAGCUACUACAGGCCUGGUAUAGCCUAUAAUCAUCACAGACAUCAAGUGAUCUGGUGGUGUAGCAAUACGUAUGAAAUUAAAGUAUGGUUAGCGUUUAUCGUGCUAACCAUCCUGAAGUCUCUCUUUUUGCCAGUUAAGUUUUGAUGGGUGUAUAUUGGGUUCCUUGGGCUGAACUAGAGCUAUUCAGAAACUAUGCAGAUAAAAGCCACGUAAAUCAUGUAAGAAAUUGCUAGUGCUUGGGUAAAAGUCUAGGGACAGCAAGCUUUCAAGUGCUUGUUACUUGAAAAGAUCAGUUGGUCGGAAUUUCACGUCUCAUGUUCAGUGGAGACCCUUACAUAGUAGUAUUUAUCCAAAGUUACCAUGUGGUGAUACCAGAAAUACUUGCUGUGUACUAAGAAUAGACAACACUGUUUUCAUGAGGGUGUUCCAGUCCUGGAAGAGCUUGCCCAGAGAGGUUAUGAGAUCUCUGCCCAUGGAGGUGUAGAGGAUUUGACUGAGCAUGGCCCAGAGCAGCUUGGUUGUGUUAGACCCGCUUUGAGCAGGGGCUGCCAUAGGGACCUCGCUUCCACCCUGAAUUGUUCUGUGACUGUGUAACAAAGGGGCAAUGUCUGGUGGCUUACCUCUUAGGGGGUUCAGCUGGUGUUUUUAAUUAGUGACUGCUUGGAGACAUCGUCAGUUUAUCUUGUGAGUCCGUGAUUCUGACUGCUGUAAUGAGUUCUGUCUUGAUGUGGUAAUGAGUUAUCAUAGUCAGUAUUCAUCUCUCUCGUUUUUGUCACAGUUCUGUAUGAUUGUGUCAUUUUUGUAUUAUUUGAAAGUAUUUCUUCUAUAAAAUAAAAUAAUUUGCCAUAAACAGAAA